UGCGGGAACGCAGCGGCAAAUGCUUUGUGGAACGAUUGGCGAGGCCACUGCCUGAUGAUCAGGGGGAUGCCCUGUAGAAUGAUAUGGAUCCAUGCAACUGCCGCGAUCUCCACGCCCCUUUGCAAACUCUUGACGCAACGGAGCUGCUGCAUGUAUGUUACUCUGCACUGCUGGUGCAGAAACUCGUGUUCAACAGACGUGGGUCGAUUCUGCUUGUGCCCAUCUUGUUGCGCUUGGUAUAUCAGCUUUUAAGCAGUAUGGAUGUGCAUGUGGUUGCGAAACGUGGAGACACGGAAGGUUGUGAAAGGAUUGUCUAGGGGUUGUGGACUCGUGGUUUGUGGUGUGGGUUGACGGGAUUCGGGAGCCAUGUCUCAAUUGCGGGUGAAUGGGUGAUGGCAUAAGUGUCGGACUGUUUUGGAUCAGCUGGUUGAUGAUUCAUUCUGGUUCUGGUACAAAAUUGUGGUGAUCAAAAACGAUGAAGCUGCCAGAGUUAGACUCUGUCGAACUGGAAAAUCGUGUGAAGGAAAAGAGGAAAUCGAUGAUAGAAAAAUCCGAGAGUCUCAGCGCUCCCAGCAGAAGUGAGGCUUUCUAAACUACUCUUUACUUUGCACGUCCUCUUCGCAACCAGUCCUCUGGAAUUAACCAAAACCCAAGGUUUACGGCCAUCAUCUUAUACUCACUCACCGCAACUCUCUGCAAGUUUACACUCACCCUACUUUGAUCUUGAAAAUUGUGAUUACGAAGCCAUGGGUCUUCAAUCUCUGCGAACACCAUCUCCGAAGCAACAGUCGAGGCCGAUUACACCAAAGAAUAGUUCUAAACAGACGAAAAUCAGAAAUAUAAAGGGGAAAGUACAGAGAGUAGCCUAUCACAAGCUGUUCUCGUUUGCAGAUAAGGUAGACUACGUUCUAAUGGUGGUUGGAGGAACCGCGGCAGUUCUUCACGGGGCGGCUGUCCCCGUUUUCUUCAUUUACUUCUCCAGGCUCAUCAAUGACCUGGGUCAUUCCAUGGGUGAUCCCAUGAAGCAGACUGCAGAAGUUUCUCGGUAUUCUAUGAACUUUUUUUACUUGGGAAUCCAUUGCUUGGUAACAGCAUGGUUAGAGGUUUCGUGUUGGAUGAUUACUGGUGAGCGUCAGUCGGCUCGUAUACGGACAAAAUACUUGCACGCAAUUCUAUCUGAGGAAGUUGGCUUCUUUGACACGGAUUCUUGCACUUCUGAGCUCGUUAGUCGAAUUUCAAGUGACACCCUGCUAGUUCAAGAGGCUAUUGGCGACAAAGCAGGGAACUUUUUGCACUAUGCUGCCGUUUUUGUGUCUGGAAUCUGUGUGAGUUUCGGAACCGUCUGGCAGCUGACAGCCGUGACACUGUCAGUGCUGCCUUUGCUUGCUGCAGCGGGAGGGGCAUACUUAGCCAUACGAGUCGGCCAAACCAAGUGGAGCCAGGAAGCUUAUUCCAAAGCUGGUAGCAUAGCAGAAGAGGCGAUCGCUCAAGUGCGGACAGUGUACUCGUUUGUGGGUGAGGUGAAAACGCAAAAAGCUUACAGCAAAGCUCUCCACAGAACACUAGAUAUGGCCAAGCGAGCAGGGAUUGCUAAGGGUUUAAGCGUUGGCUUAACUCAUGGUCUCCUCAUUGCUGUGUGGGGUUUAUUAUUUUGGUAUGCCAGUCUGUUGGUGUUGCGUAAGAGCGCGAAUGGUGGGCAAGCCUUUACCACUAUCAUCAACGCUGUUAUCAGUGGCCUUUCACUUGGCCAGAUAGCUCCAAAUAUACACAUCUUUGCCAAGGGAACAGCUGCCGGGUUCAAUGUUAUGCAAGUCAUUGAGAGGAAGCGGCUGCGAGAUUGUAGACGUAGUACAGACGGAAAAAUCCUACCUCAAUUAGCAGGUCACAUUGAGCUUCGAGAUAUAAGCUUCAGCUACCCGUCUCGUCCCAAUGUGAAGAUUUUUGACAAAUUUAAUAUUACCAUUCCAGCAGGCACGACAGUUGCCAUUGUUGGUAAUAGUGGGUCGGGGAAAUCGACCAUCAUCUCUUUGAUUGAACGAUUUUAUGAUCCCACCGCAGGUGAGGUUCUUGUCGACGGUCACGACAUCAAAACUUUGCGGCUUAGCUGGCUGCGAGGGAAGAUCGGGUUGGUAAAUCAGGAGCCGGUUUUAUUUGCGACGAGCAUACUAGAAAACAUCCUGUACGGCAAAGAAGGAGCGUCGGCAGCAGAAGUGACAGCUAUGGCAAAAGCUUCCAACGCACAUUCCUUCAUCGACAAAUUACCGCAAAGGUACGAUACGCAAGUGGGGGAGAGAGGGGUGCAGCUCUCUGGGGGUCAGAAGCAGAGAGUUGCAAUUGCCAGGGCCAUGUUGAAGAAUCCAACCAUUCUUCUCCUGGACGAAGCCACCAGUGCCUUGGAUGCGGGUUCGGAGCAGCUGGUGCAGGAAGCGUUGGAUAGGUUAAUGAUCGGCCGAACGACUGUGGUAAUCGCCCAUCGUCUUUCGACUAUUCGCAACGCCAACGCCAUCUUUGUGGUGCAGAAUGGAAGGGUGGUGGAAUCAGGAACCCACAAUGAGCUCCUUGGUGAGGGGAACGAAGGGGCUUAUGCGAAAUUAGUGCGAUUGCAACAGACGGACCCUUUCAAGGAGACUGUUAGGGAAAAGUCUCCAUGGUUUGACAAUUGUAUCCGAAGCGGUACUCCAGGCAUCACAACUAGACAUUCUAGUCCUGGCAGCGAGAGAGGGGAUCUGUAUGAAGUGAGUUUGUCGCCAGAACCUCUUUUCACGCAUCCUCAGGAUAUGCAUCUGCCUGGGUCGAUUUUGCCGAACGUUAGGGAAAGCAAGUCUUCUGAUUGCAGCCCCACCCUGACAAUGCACAACUCCAAGCCGUCAAGAUUAUCAUCUUUAAUUGAACAGUUAAACGAACGGCACAGCGCAAGACCACAUCACGACACUUCAGAUUCUGAUAUAUCUGCAGCCUCAACCUCAGGAUCCACCCCGAAAACUGUGCUGAUUUCUUGUGAACCAUCCUUCAGACGCUUAUUAAUGCUUAACGCCCCUGAAUGGCCUUAUGCAAUCCUGGGAUCAAUUGGUGCAUCAUUGGCAGGCUGGAAAACCCCCCUUGCUGCCCUUGGUAUGAGUGACAUCUUGGUGUCGUUUUACACUUUCGAUGACUGGUAUAUCAAGCAUCAGGUCCGUAAGAUAUGCUUGUUGUUCACUGGAGCUAUUCCUGUCACGGUACUUGCAUUUGUAAUGCAGAAUUACUUUUUCGAGGUAAUGGGGGAGCGUCUAACAAUUCGUGUCCGUGAAAAGAUGCUUACAUCAAUUCUUCGGCAAGAGGUGGGCUGGUUUGAUCAAGACGAGAACAAUAGCAGUUUGGUGGCAUCCCGACUUUCAAUGGAUGCAACACUUGUGAGAGCCUUCGUUGGUGAUCGUGCCUCUGUGAUCCUAAUGACACUGGCACUCAUGUUGCUGGCCUUUGGUAUUGCAUUCUACUUGGACUGGAAAGUUGCUUUCGUGGUGUUGGCGACUUAUCCAUUCAUGGUUGGUGCUUUUAUCGGUGAGCAUCAUUUUCUGAAAGGUUUUGGGGGGGACGUAGCUAAGGCAUACGCAAGGGCUAGUAUGGUGGCUACAGAAGCAGUGAGCAACAUCCGCACUGUGGCAGCCUUCUGUGCAGAAGAUAAAGUCUUGGACCUCUUCAUCCGUGAGCUCGCUUUACCUAAGCGCCGCGCAUUUGUUCGUGGACAGGUUGCUGGAAUAGGUUAUGGGCUGUCGCAAUUCUUCGUUUUCAGCUCCUACGGAUUGGCCAUGUGGUACUCCUCGACAUUGGUUACCCAUGGGGGAUUUAAUGAUUUUUCCAACAUUAUCCGAACUUUUAUCGUGCUGGUCGUCACUGCAGUCAUGCUCGCCGAAUCUCUCACAAUGGCUCCGGAUAUAUUGAAAGGAUCCCAGGCUUUGAAAUCUAUUUUUUGUAUUCUGGACCGAGAGACUGAAAUCGACCCUGAAAAUUCAACUGCUGAAGAUGUGCUGGAGGUGCGAGGUGACAUUAGCUUAAAGCAUGUCCACUUCACGUACCCCUCCAGAUCUGACACAAUCAUAUUCAAAGAUUUCAGCCUGAAGGUUCAUGCUGGGAGGAGUCUUGCAUUGGUCGGUGCCAGUGGCUCAGGAAAGAGCUCAGUCAUUGCUCUUAUUGCAAGAUUCUAUGAUCCCACAUCAGGAAAGGUGAAGAUUGAUGGGCAUGACAUCAAGAAGCUUAGGUUGCGCUCACUGCGCCGUCAUAUUGCACUUGUUCAACAAGAACCUGCGUUGUUUGCGACAACAAUUCACGAGAACAUUUUGUACGGCCGAGACGGUGCAUCUGACGCAGAGAUUGUGGAGGCAGCCCAGGCUGCUAAUGCCCACAAUUUUAUUUGUUGUUUACCAGAGGGGUACAAUACAGAGGUUGGGGAAAGGGGUGUGCAGCUGUCAGGUGGCCAGAAACAGAGAGUGGCGAUUGCCCGGGCAGUGCUCAAGGAUCCGGCUAUCUUGCUUCUGGACGAGGCAACGAGCGCAUUGGACUCACACUCAGAGGGGAUUGUUCAGGAGGCUCUGGACAAGCUCAUGCAUGGCCGCACUACAGUCCUCAUUGCGCACAGGUUGUCCACAGUGAGGAAUGCCGAUACUAUAGCUGUGGUACGGGAUGGACAGAUAGUGGAGAAAGGAACGCAUAAACAGUUGAUGGCUAGGACGGAUGGUGCAUACACUAACCUCAUCAAUCUUGUUAAAUCACGUGAAUAGGUGAUUUUGAAAUUAGUACACCAAUUGUUUGUGACAUUAAUACGACCUUCUCAUUCGAGAUCUGGGGUCCAACAUUGAAUUUCUGUGAACUCGCUUGAUGCAUCUGUCUCAAUGCUUUACUAGAUAAAGUUCUGCUUUUUGUUUUCUUUUCUCUAUGGGUAGUGCGUGAUUAUCUACUCAUUCUCUUGCUCUCUUCAAAACCUUGACCCAUCACUUCACCAGGAUGGCUUUCCAGUACAGACAGUAUUGUGCAGGUUGAUAGCAGCCAUACUUCAGAUCUCUUAUAACAGGGUGAGCGAUUUUGAUAUGUUCAUCUAGUACAAACCUGAGAGUUUUCAACAGUGAGCUACAGUCAGAAGCUUCUAUUGAGCAGGCUCCUAUUGUUAGCGAACAGUCAGAAGCCCCUAUUGUUAGCGAACUGAUAGUUGGAACAAGGCAGUUUCUGUAGAGAUUGAUGCUGAGCGGUGCGCUUCGUCACUCAAAUGAAAAUCAAAAAUGCAGAUUGAAAGGACAUAUUGACCCAAGGUUGUUUAAUUCAGAGCAGACUAUUUGUUUGUCUGCUUGAUGCUUAACUGUAAGCCUUUGACAAUGAA